AUGGUUGAGCCUCUGAAUAAGUUGAAGAUGGAAUUGGUUAAAGAUGGUGUUUCUGUGCUUGUUUUGACUGGUUUGGGUGGUUCUGGUAAAAGCAUUCUUGCUAAGAAGCGGUGUUGGCAUCCACAAAUCAAAGGCAAAUUUGGUGGAAACAUUUUCUUUGUUACUGUCUCAUACAAUCCCAACUUGAAGAACAUUAUACAGACACUAUUUGAGCAUUGUGGAUGUCGUGUGCCUGAGUUUCAAACCGAUGAAGAAGCAGUUACCCGAUUGAGACUUCUUUUGAGGCGUUUUGGUAGAAAACCAAUACUGUUAGUCUUGGAUUAUGUUUGGCCUAACCCGGAAGGCUUUGUUGAGAAGUUCAAAUUCCAAAUGUUAGAUUAUAAGAUUUUGGUGACUUCAAGGGUUGCAUUCAGAAGAUUUGGCACCCCAUGCCAAUUGGAUCCGCUCGAUUAUGGUCCUGCAGAGUCCCUUUUCCAUCACUUCGCGCAAUUGAAUCACAAUAGCUCAUACAUGCCUGAUCAAAAUCUUGUUCGCGAGAUUGUGAGAGCUUGUAAGGGUUCGCCGCUAGCGCUUCAGGUCAUUGCUGGAUCACUUUGUCAGCAGCCUUUUGAGAAGUGGAAAAAUAUGAAAGAGUUUUUACAGAGUCAAUCCAUUCUGGAAUUUAAUAUUACUACUAUUAACUUGCUUUGUUUCCUUCAACAAAGCUUGGAUAUAUUGGAGGAUAUCAAUCAGAAGGAGUGCUUCAUGGAUAUGGGAUUUUUUCCUGAAGACCAGAGGAUUCCUGUUACCGUCCUCAUUGAUAUGUGGGCUGAAGAUGGUAUAAAAGCUAUGGCCAUUGUCCAUGAUUUAAUCACCAGGAAUUUGAUUAAUGUCAUAGCUACAAGGAAAGUUGCAACAGAAACAGGCCUGAAUGAACUUUCUGGUGCGGGAAAGAUCAAGAACAUUCAUUUUGUUGAGCAAGGUUUGCGGGAAUUGGCUUCUCUGAAGGUAGAAGAAGCAUUUGGCAGUUGCUUUGGCUCAACAUAG